CGAUCAUUGAAACCACUCUGCAAUUGUGCAUCUACCCCUAAGUUUUCAUCAUCUCUCUCAACAGUAGGUUUUAGAUCUAAGUCCUAAUCUUUUCAUUGGAUUUUCCUUCUUUCGAUUUGUUGUUCUUGUUGUUUUUUCGUUCUCCUCAAGUGAUUUGCUUUCAUAGGUAGUUACCCAAUCUUUUGGAUUUAAACCUAGUAGUUUUGCGUUUAGAUCUUUAUCUCCUUACUCUUUUCUUUCCUUAAUAUUCUUUCUUUUUCUUGUAUAAUUUGCUAGCAAAAUUAACUCCAUUUUUGGUAGAUUACAAAUUAGUUUAAGUUUUUUUAUAGUUUCAUUUUGCUGAUAAAAGCCCCAUUUUUGGUAAAUUACAGAUUUCGGAUGGGUAUAUUCUUAAACAGAGGAAUUUUUAAAGUGAUUCAGUUCCGUGUGCUUAAUAUUUGAGUUUUCAAUCAAUAGUUGCAAUUGUUAAUCCCUAUUUUUCAGUGUGUCCAUCGUUUAGCAUGUCCAUCAUUCAGCUUUUGUCCAAUUCCAAACUUGCUAGUUCUUUUUUCCCCAAUUUUUCUUUGUCUAUUUCAUGAAAAAUAGAAAAACAAUCUUGUUUUUAUCUGUGCAGUCUUCACUUCCAGUAGCUAGAGCAGACAAUUUUUACUACCCUCCAAAAAUGGACCCGAGCCAACUAGAUCAAGGCAUUUUGAUUAUAAGGUAAUGAAUCACAACUCAUGCUUAGUGUUUUAAGGUAUUAAAAUUUUUAUUUAUGUAUUUCAGUAUUUGUAAUUUAUGGAGACUUGUCUUCAAGUAGUCAUUUGAUAAUCAAUGGUAGCAAAGUCCAUGUAUGUAAAUAAAUGGGUCAUGUAUCAAAUGAUACUUCAUUGUGAUUCAGUUGUUGCAGUUUGAUUGGCAUUCAAAGGUGUAAUCUUUUCUCUUAAAGGGGAGCAACAUGCUUCUUUGUUAGUUUUGGAAGAAUUUCUUGAAUAAAACGUCAUGUCUCAAGAAAAUAGUAUAGAACUGCAACUUAAAUAACUCUAGUGGAACACAUUACAGAACAAGAUAAGAAAAAUGGAUUCUGAUUUCUAAAAUCAACUAAUGUUCCGUUAAUGGUAAUUAGUGAGGUACAAUCGCAUAUUAAAUAUUUUAAAUUAGUUGGGAUUGUUGAUAAUUGUUCUAGUAUGAUAUCUGUAUGUGUAGUCUUUUGUCAUUUUUUCAGUGAAAGGUGAUCAGCAAUUGGUUGAAAUACAAAUGUGAUUGUUUUAUUGGAAUAUAGCUGCACUAGCAAAGGCACAAGUUGGGAUAAUACCAUAGCUGCAAAUUUCAUUGUUUCAUAAUAGAUAAACUCAUUCAAUAAGAUUCAUGAAGCUCUAAGGAUGACCUAUGUUUCCAAUUUCUCCAAGAUACCUCUUGUUCUCAAAAAAAGAACUAAUGUAUAUCCCUAUGUAUGACAUUCUACCACUUCAUUGGUAUCGGUCUUUCACACAUACUUGUGGUUUGAGUUCUGGAUGAGAAUAUGUUUUAAAAUUAAUAGUCUUAUUUAAU